UCCACAUGUUUUUGAGCUCGUCGUCAAUCUAUGGCCGCCACUCGACCUCUCAUCUCUCUGCAACUCCUUUCCUCUCUUUCACCUUUUUCCUUAAACCCAACCCGGCAAUCUCUCUUCUUGCCCAAUUUCACUAAACCCAAAAGAUUAUCUAGGAGAAGUGGUGUUCAUUGCUCGGCUAAUCUCAUCGCUCACCCUUCCGUUCUCUUCUUAGGCAGCUUCGAUGGCGGUGGAUUCGUCGAUACACAGACCUUCAUUGUCACCAUCAGUCUCGUCGUUGCCAUUGCUCUCUCUCUCUUCCUCGGAUUCAAGGGAGACCCAGUUCCAUGCGAGAGAUGUGGUGGAAACGGCGGAACCAAAUGUGUCUUCUGCCUUGAAGGUAAGAUGAAGGUGGACUCUGGCAUGGUUGACUGCAAAGUCUGCAAAGGUUCAGGUUUAAUUUUCUGCAAGAAAUGUGGAGGUUCUGGAUAUUCUCGCCGUUUAUAAAUAUAUAUAUAAAAUAAAUCCUUUACUAGUGCAAUGAAAUUGUUUUCAACAUUGGUUCUUUCCGACUAUAUGAUAACAUUUCUAACUUGUUUAUACUCAUAAAACAAUAGUGCGGACAGCGGAUCAUUCCUUCCUUGGUUAAAAUGUCAUCCUCGGUUUUUC